AUGGAUAUCUCUCGACACCCAAGCUCUACCGGUCAUAAUGACCCGGAUCGUGCCCGUAACGACAGAACGGACCUUGAACAGUCGAUGCCCUGUAGUCUCCUUUCCUGUCUCGUUAUUCUCGAGGCCGCCCCUUUGAGCCGAGACAUGGAUGACAAUCUCCUAAAGUUCGGUAGACUUGCGACUAACCAACUUGAGUUCAAACUCAAGCUCAUUGCUCAUCCCUAUACAUAUCACUUAAUCAAACUGACUAUGUAUCGCAAUUAUAAACCCGAAAAGAAUGGUAUGAAAAAUAUCUGGGUUGCUGCGAUGGAUUUUUACUUCCAAUCCAUUUCGCAUGUGUCUUGCACAAGACUAUCACAGGAUGCCACGACGUCCUAUUUGAAUCAGAGUUUCAACCCCUUUAGCCUUUACGAAAGUCCUAUCCAGGCGUCAUCGGGCUCACUUCGCCUAUCAUUUCGAUUAUCUAGAGCACUCUUGUAUUACGAAGAGGCUCGGCUAGUAGGCGAGACAGAGAAAGAACAAAUCCGACAGCUUCAAGAAUUUGCUGAUUCGGUCAGUGCCGACACUCCUCGUGAGAUUACAUUCUUGGUUGGCGAAGACCGAGGUGCUGCCACAGAGCAAUUUCCUGACCGUCUACAAGAUAUCGUCACAAUUCAGCCAAGCAGUUGCUUCGCGACAGGGUCAAGAAACCUCAAUGUCUUCAAAGCUAUCUCCCUAGUUUCGGGCAUAGUAUCAGAUCCGCUCGCUCGCUGGUUUGCCCGCUCUCCUGAAAAGGAGUUUAUCAAUAUCCGGAAUAUCCUAGAUGAAGAAUAUGCCCCCGAAGGCACCCGAAAUGUCGUAAGACCUCAUAUUCCAGCUAUAGGAUCCAUUACCAAAUUCUUCGACGACCGGCAGUUCAAGAUCACCCAGGCCUACGGUACCAUCGACAAUGCAACUCGUGCUCAAAUUCUUAGCGAUGAGACAGGACAAGAGUUUCAAUGUCACAUACUUGUCCCGCCGGAGAGCCUCAAUGACUUAGGCAACCCUUCAACCGUUGCAGUCGUCGUCCGCGUAAGUCCUGGCUUUACUCGCCUCCAAAGCUCAGCUACGGAAUGCGAAAUUCAGGUCCUAGGAGCCAAGCGCACCAAGAACCUACCAUAUGACGUCGAUAUCGCCAAAGAACUACCCGAAGUACUAGACAAAAUUGCGCACGAAGAUCCCGAAGAGCCGUUGGCAAUGAAUCCCGAAGACUUUGUCAAUUAUUGCAACGUGAUCAACGAUGCGGGAUGGAUAGGUGCUGAGAAGACCAAGGCUAUACGAACCGAUCUAGAAGAGCUUUAUUCAGGAUUCUCUAUGUCUGAGCGUAUAGUGAACAUCCUGGAUCUAAGAGAAUUCGUCGCGAAGCACAAGAACUAUCUUCGUAUGCCCCAAGUCAAGGACAAGACUAUAGAACGCAAGCUUGCAACGUGGAAUGCCCAAGCAACCGAUACCCUCUUCCAUCUCUUCGGUAGUACAUUCAGAGUCUUCCUCGCAAAGAUCCCGCUCGAGCCAACCUGUACUAUUACACCUAAGUUCGUCCCGAAGACGUUUGAGCAGGAAAUGGAAGCUCACGAGGAGAUCCAACAUCCCGCUUCCACACGACGCGGGAAUCCAGUACCUAGCCCAUUGGCACUAGACAUCUACAGAUGGUUACCCGGCUUGGAAAGUCCUAAACCUGACUCCCUGGUCAACCACUUCGACAUAUUUCCGGGGAUGCUGCGUGCUCUGGACGGUACGGCGCCAGUCCACUUACAAUCGAUGUACGAUGACUUUGACGAAUCUAAGAAGGAAAUAUUUAGCGAACAUAUGAAGCGUCUUCCCUGUGGGCUAGCAGUAAUUCCAGGGGUAGCCGCAUCUGGCAGAUCGACUUUCGUCAAGUUUUACGCCCUGAUGCACCUAGCAGAGCAAUCUCCCCCUGGUUCUCGCAACAAAGUCUUAAUCCUAGCAGAGCAGCACCAGAUUCUCGACAAGUAUGAACUAAGCUUCAAGCGCUCGCUCGAGGAAUACAGAGCACCUUCCCACACAUUCCCCCGUAUAGAAAGAGUCUAUACAACAUCUACGGAUAUUAGAGUGGCGGUUGACACCCUGAGUCAACCAGCUUCCAGCCAGAUGCCGAACAAGCUCGAUACCAUAGACAAGCAUCUCACCAAGCCAGUCUUAGACGAAUUCCAUCAGCUUGCGGAGCAGGACGCGAAGAGAGCAGCCUCCAAGGGUUUUAAUUCUACUUUGCUACACGUCCAGAAUUGCUCAGAGGAAUACAGUUCGUUCAGUCCCUCGGACGGGCAUGUUAGCGAGGGUAUAAACUCAGUCGAUUAUAUCUACAAGACCAAACUGCGGGAAGCCGAUAUCGUCCUCGCUACUCCCUCCACUGCCCGCAGUAUCCUUUUCAGACGGGAAUUUCAUCCGACCCUAGUCAUCGUAGGCGAGAAUGCGGGCAUGAGAGAGCUGACGACAAUCAUGGCCAUCUCCUCGUUCCCAUCGGCGAAACUUUUCAUGUUACUCGGCGACCCCUGGCAGCAUGUCCCGGUAACUAACUACCGUAGGGACGCGCCCGAAGCUUUCGACAAUCAAACCGGCCUAUCGUGCUUGGGCAGGAUCAAGCGCGGCGGCGCCGCUCUCCCCUGGUUGUUAUAUAAUCACCGACAACACGGAGACUUGCAGGAGAGUCCAAGUGCCUGGUUUUACAACGAUUUGAUGAAGUCCGGCGUCAAGGAUCGCUAUCCACCAUCUGUCCAGGUCGUCCGUAGCAUGAUCAGCGAGUUGACCGGCCUCCGCAGAAGCGCCCGUGUCAUCGUCGACGUUACCAACUCUCACGAGAAGAGUGUAGGCACGUCAUUCAGGAACGAAUAUCAUAUCCACUGUGUACUCAAAAUUCUCGAAUUCUUUAUCAAUUAUCCUGCCUUUACAUCGGUAGACGGCAAGCGUCCCGGCACCAUCGCCGUUAUGUCUUACUACAAGGCGCAGGCCGAGGAGAUACAGCUUGUUCUCCGUCGUCGAGAAGUGCUAGCGUCUCGCCUUCGCACCACUGCUGAGACGAUAGCCAAGAGGGUCCGCGUCGGCACAGUAGAUAGCUUCCACGGCGAGGAAGCAGACCUCGUCAUCGUCGACUACACACGUACCGAAGGCCCGGGCUUUACCGGAAACGCACGCCUCGGCGCGACUGCGCAUACACGCAGUAUUCAAGGAGAGAUCAUACUGAUGAACAGGUCGAGUUUCGCGAGUCAAGAAAAAAAGGCCAAGAAUUCGUUGACCAAGCAUCUGUAUAUGAUCUACAAGCACGUUGAAAACGAACGCUGUGUCCUAGAAACACUUUUCUGUGGCUACUGCCUCGAUUGGGGCCACGAAAAUAAGCAUUGCGCCGAAAGGGCGAAGUGUAGCAGACGCUAUAAUAUUGGCUAAUAGGAGGAUGCGCAUCCAAGGACCUAGAUAUUGUUGAAUCUCUCCUGCAAGGUACUUAUUUCGGGAUUCAAAGUGUCACCUUGACGUCUAGGGAAAAUUCAGUAGGUACCUAC